UCCAUAUUCGUUUUCUCUUCCCCCUUUUUUUUCCUCUAAUUAAAAACAAAAACAAAAUCUUUUUUUUCCCCCUCGAAGCUCUGUCUCUUGUCUCUGUCUCUUGUCUUUAUCCCACAAAUAUCAUUUUUUUUGUAAUAUCGAAAUUACCAUGUGUAAUUCAAGAUCAUCUUCACCAUCCGACCCCUUCUUCACCUCUAAUAAAACCCAAUUCUCAAAGCUAGAAACUUGUGAACAGAACCAUCCUCAUGAUUAUUCCGACUCCUCUCAUAAUGAUUCUUUGGAUCUCCAUCGAUGGCCGACUUUUCUUGAGGGCAUGGAAGAAGUGAAAGAGAUUGGAAAAAUCUCUGGACCGACUGCGGUUACCGGACUUUUAAUGUAUUCAAGAUCAAUGAUUUCGAUGCUGUUCUUGGGUUAUCUCGGCGAGCUUGAACUAGCCGGCGGUUCACUGGCCAUCGGCUUUGCAAACAUCACCGGUUAUUCUGUAAUCUCCGGCUUAGCCAUGGGAAUGGAACCGAUCUGUGGCCAAGCGUAUGGAGCGAACCAAAUGAAGCUUCUUGGACUCACCCUUCAAAGAACCAUCCUUCUUCUGCUCUCCUCUUCGGUCCCGAUCUCCUUCUUUUGGCUUAACGUGAGGCGAAUCCUCUCGUGGUGUGGCCAAGACGAAGAUAUCUCUUCGGUUUCCCAAACUUUCCUUCUCUUCGCCAUUCCCGACCUUUUCUUCCUCUCUUUGCUUCACCCACUCCGCAUUUACUUGCGAACACAGAGCAUUACAUUGCCAGUGACUUACUCCACGGCUGUCUCCGUUCUUCUUCACAUUCCAUUGAACUUCCUUCUAGUGACCAAACUCGAGAUGGGCAUUGUCGGAGUGGCCAUAGCGAUGGUCUUGACUAAUCUCAACCUCGUUAUCCUUUUAUCUUCCUUCGUCUAUUUCACCGGUGUCCAUAGAGAUACUUGGGUUCCUCUAAGUGCUGAUUGUCUCAAGGGAUGGUCCUCUCUUCUGUCCCUCGCCAUACCCACUUGCGUAUCGGUGUGUUUAGAGUGGUGGUGGUAUGAGUUCAUGAUAAUGUUGUGUGGACUUUUGGCAAACCCUAAAACCACCGUUUCCUCCAUGGGAAUACUGAUCCAAACCACGGCUCUGAUCUAUGUCUUCCCUUCAUCUCUAAGCCUAGGAGUCUCGACAAGAAUCGGGAACGAACUAGGAGCAAAACGCCCGAGAAAAGCUCGCAUCUCCAUGAUCAUCUCCCUCUUCUGUGCUUUAGGGUUAGGACUAGUGGCAAUGGUAUUCACCAUACUGGUUAGACACCAAUGGGGGAGAUUAUUCACUAAAGACGCAGAGAUUCUUGAAUUGACAUCGAUUGCACUGCCCAUUGCUGGCCUUUGUGAGCUCGGAAACUGCCCUCAGACCACUGGCUGCAGUGUCUUGAGAGGAUCUGCAAGACCAGCACUUGGUGCCAAUAUAAACCUGGGAUCGUUCUACUUGGUGGGAAUGCCUGUGGCUAUAAUAUUAGGGUUUGUGCUCAAAUUAGGGUUUCCGGGCCUUUGGCUAGGUUUACUUGCAGCUCAAGCUACCUGUGCGGCUCUCAUGUUGUGUGCCCUUUGGAAAACAGAUUGGGAGGUUCAAGCUCAGAGAGCUGAAGAACUAACCUCUAAUACUCAGUCUGAAUCGGAUCCAGUGAAGGUAGGGUUGGUUUAGUAGCAUAUUGAGGUACGCCUCUAAGCAUCACAAUUAUUAGGGUUUAGGUUUAGAAUUCCAUCUCAUCGCAUGCAUGCAUGCAUGCAUACAUACAAUUCUUUGGAGCCGUAUCUCCUAAUCCAUCAUUAACGAAACAAAACCAGUGACGUGGAUGUGAACGAGACCCCAUCAAUCAUCAACAACAUUGGCGUGUGUUUGUGUGUGUGUAUAUAUAUAUAUAUAUAUAUAUGUUUGUAAAAGGCUUAUGUAAUCUUCGUGUAUGAGAGACUUUUUGUUAUUAUUGUUUUUACAUUUUGCUUGUCUUUAUUGUUCGGGCUUGUAUCAAUGAUAUGUACGUAUAUUUAUUUCGUUAUGUAUCUAGACGAUGCUCAUAUUGUACCGAAAAUAAAAUUAGGGUUUUUUUUUUA